AUUUUAAAAAUGCAUAUCUUACAACAAAAAGCAAUAAAACAUAUUCCUGAUUUUUAGAAGCUUAAGCUUAGCCCAAAAAAGCUAUCAAGUUUGGAUAAGGGAUUCUAAUCUGUCCUCUGCUUCUUCUGUUCCCUAGUAAUCAUAAAUAUCUGUUUGGAUGUGGGUUUAUUAUUAUUAUUAUUUAUUAUGUUGUUGUUAUUACUUCCAGUAUAUUUUGGUUUAAAAUUUAGCCAUUGUUUGUCUGUUUGCUCCUGCUCUUCCUCACCAAAUGUUUUCAUUGUUUAUCUGUACAUUUAUCCAAGCCUAGCAUUAAUAUUUUUUUAAUCCUAAUUUAUGGCAGUGAAAAUCAGUUCAGUGUAAUGGGUAAAAGUGUGACCCAUUAACUCCAGUACAAAUGUUACCUCUACCACAAACCUGGUUGUUGGCCUUUGGCAGAUCACUGUCCUAUCAGCCUGGGAUGAAGCAGAAUGGAUCGAUUUGGGGCUUAGAUGUGAGAAAUCCAGAUUCAUAUCCCUACUCCCCUAUGAAGUUUACUGGGCAGCCUAGAGCAAUUCUGUAUCUCUGGAACUAACCUACCUUACAGCCGUAUAGGGACUACUUCCUUAGCCUUUGCAAUGACUGCCCUUUGGAAAGAUAUUUUGCACAAUGACCAGCUCAUUCAGAACGUGGCCCCAAUUGCAGUGGAUGCAGCACUACUUGAAGGUGUUCUUAUGAGGACCAAAGAUGACCCCAAUGCAUCUGAUGUGGUGAGUUAUGCUCCCUUUACGCUGCUCCCAUCUGCAGUGCCGAGCAGUCUCCUUGAGCAAGCCUAUUCGGUUCAGCAAGAUUUUAACCUGCUUGUGGAUGAAGUUAGCCGGAAUACAGAGUUCCUGGAGUGCACUCUUGCCAGUACUGUCAAAGUGGAUGACUUUACAGCUCAACUUUUUAAAAUCUACAAGCAAGUUUUGAAAGAAGGAGUGACUCAGUCAGUGUUUUUAGGAAUCAACCGCUCUGAUUACAUGUUUGACUAUGGCUCAGAUGGCACUCCUGCUCUAAAGCAAGUGGAAAUAAACACCAUUGCUGCCAGCUUUGGAGGCCUCACAUCUCGGACCACUGCAGUGCAUCGGCGUGUGCUGAACGUUUUGGGGAAGCCCAAGGAAGCCUCAAAAUUAUUGACUAAUAAUCCAUCCAAAGGGAUUGCCUUGGGUAUUGCAAAAGCUUGGGAACUUUAUGGCUCAGACAGGGCAGUUGUAAUGUUCCUCGUUGAAGAGGCUCAGAGGAAUAUUUUUGACCAACGUUGUGUAGAAAAUGAACUUUGGUUGAGGAAUAUCCGGGUGAUUCGGAGAAGGUUUAAGGAUGUGUUUGAAAAGGCAUCUUUGGAUAAUGACAAGAGAUUGCAUAUAGAUGGGGAGGAAGUUGCGGUGGUGUACUACAGAGAAGGUUAUGUUCCAAAGAAUUAUAAUAAACAGAACUGGGAAGCACGGUUGAUGCUGGAAAGGUCCAGAGCAGUUAAGUGCCCUGAUAUUGCCACACAACUUGCCGGGACCAAAAAAGUUCAACAGGAGCUGAGCCGACCAGGAAUGCUGGAAAAAUUGCUGCAUAAUAAACCAGAUGCAGUGGCUCAAUUAAGAGCAACAUUCACUGGCCUCUAUUCUUUGGAGAUGGAUGAAGAAGGUGACAAGAUGGUUGCCAUGGCAAUUGCUGAUCCAGACCGGUUUGUGUUAAAACCACAACGGGAAGGAGGAGGAAACAAUCUCUACGGUGUGGAGCUCAAGCAGGUUUUGGAGAAGAUGAAGGACAGCUCUGAGCGGACCUCCUACAUUCUCAUGGACAAACUAAAGCCUCUCCCUGCACUGAAUUACUUGCUGAGGGCACAUAGUCCACUCAAAAUAUCAGAAUGUGUGUCUGAACUGGGAAUCUUUGGUGUCUAUGUCAGACAGGGCCAAGAUCUUGUGAUGAACAAGCAUGUUGGUCAUCUCUUACGAACAAAGGCUAUAGAGCAUGCAGACGGUGGCGUAGCUGCUGGAGUAGCUGUUCUGGAUACUCCAUAUGUGAUAUGAAAACAAUACCUCCUCAUCAACAUCCUCCUCACUAUGUUUGAACUGGGAGAUGUUUUAUUUUAGGGCAUGAUUGCCAAAUGGCGAACUUGAUAAUCUGAUCCAUAAUGGAAGCCCUCUAUAUCAUGUGAGCCCAAGACACAAAGUAGCACAGCUGCACUGAUUUUUAAGUAACUGCUUCUUCCUGGCCUCAGAAUGUACUGGAUUCCAAUUGACAGUUUUUGACUAAUUCUUCUGGUUCGAUGCACCCUUAUCAAACAAGUAUCGUAUGGGCCUGAUACUCCUUUUUACUGUAUCGUCAUCAUGGACAGCCUAUUUUUCUGAUUAGCCCUUUUGAGAUAGCAGUACACAAGACACUACAGAUGCUCCUACUUAAGUGCCUGGUGGAAGAUGAACACAUUUCCUUAACUUGUUUUUCACAUUUCCUGGAUGUAUCUUUUUGCAUCCUAAUCUAGGGUGGGGAGGAGAACAAGCUACUGCUUCUCGCUUUCUCCUGCAUUCCAGUCUGAGGGGAACAUGCCAUUACUGAGUAGCUAUGUACCCAGGGUGCAUUUUUCAGGAUGUUCUUUAGUUAUGUACAGAUCGGGGGGGGGGGGAUCCUAGUGGGAAUUUAGGAAAGUGAUCGUUUUGCUUUUGUCUCAACAUUCCCUGUAUUAAUUAGAAAUAAAGCAGCAUAUGUAUUCCACAGAAAGAGGGAUUAAGAGCUUAAGUGACUUUUUAAAAAAGCAGAUUCCACAGGUACCCACUGGCCACAUCCACUGUCAGUAGCAGACAAGCUCAAGGAGCACUGCUUUAGUUGGAGUUGCAAGUGGAGGCUGGUGAUGCAUUUCUGUUCUCUAUCCUAUCCAACCUUGAGUGGUAGUGAGUGGACAGCCCCUGCUUCACCAUGUUGUUUCCAGAAGGAGACUAAAUUAUGUGUAAUGUAAAACUUCCCCAGCAUUCAAUUAGGUAUUUUUUCCAAAAGAGCCAAAAUCUAUUAAUGCUUUUAAGGAGAAGAAAGAGGACUAAAACUAAAGGAACUGAAUUAUGUCUGCAAUACCGAGCUCUGUGCCAUUGUAAGAAUAGGAAAUAAUCUAGUGCAUGUUUGAUAAUGUAAUCAGCACUUUUUUUAAAAAAAGUGAGCUGAUAGUAACUUGAGAAGUUACUUUAGAACAGCAGCCUCCCAUGUCAUAAGCCAGGAUGGAGUCGGGUAGGCUGCUAUUCAGAAAAAAAUCAGGGUUAUUUUUUUCAUUUGCAUAAGGGCCUUUAAAUUUAUAAAUGCAUAAUUAUAGUUCAAACCUCAUGUAUAGUAAAUGUAUGCCUUUAGAGGAGAGGCUUAAAUUAAGAUGGCUUAAUGGAGGACAGUAUUAAAUAGGAGCUUUGGGUAUGGCAUAUCAUUUUUCUUAAUCAAUGACCUAAAAUGAGUUUUCUAAAUAAAAUGCCUUGAUAUCUA